AGUUGCCGACUCCGUCCGUCUUGAUCAUUUUCAUCAUCUGCUGUAAAAGCUUUAUCAAUUUCAGAUUUGCUAUUUUGUUCUUGUUUUUAAUUUAGGGACUAUUUAUACUUCGGAAACAAAACCCCUUUGGCUAAUCGGUCGACUCUAACUAAGAAACCAUGUUCAAUUUCGGGGGCUCAAAAGAACAACAACAAGGGCAGUAUCAUCCUUCUCCAGAAACAUCUCCACAACCGUGGUAUUCACCGUCUCUGGUCACCUUGCCUAGCUCAUCCCGGCUUCAAACAUCAGGGCAGGUUCCACCACAUGUUUCACCAGGUGAAUCCGCCGGCAUUAUUGCAAUUUUAAAAGAUAAAAGUGUGGAUGAGCUCAAUAACCUUCUGUCUGAUAAGAAUGCAUACGAACAGUUUCUACACUCGCUUGAUCAGGUCUCUAUUCAAAACAAUAUCAGUAAGGAGCUUCGCAAAGAAACGUUACAUCUAGCUAGAGGAAACUUGGAGAAGGAACCACAAAUAGUGGAGCUCAGAAACCAAUGCAGGAUAAUCCGUACAUCAGAGCUUGCAACUGCUCAAGAGAGGCUCAACGAGCUUGAGGAUCAAAGAGAAGAGAUCCUUAAAUUCUACUCUCCAGGUUCUAUUCUUCAUAGGCUUCAAGAUGCGAUGAACAAGGUGGAUGAAGAAUCCGAAGAGCUACAACAUAAGUUUAUGGAGAAAGAUAUUGACACAGCCGCAUUUGUGCAGAAAUACAAGAAGCUAAGAAGCAACUAUCAUCAACGGGCUUUGGUUCAUCUCGCUGCUAAAACUUCAUCUAUCCGUUGAAACAAACCAUGGUUUUGGGUUUUUUUCCCCUUUUACUCGAUGUGUAAGUAAACAAAAAUGGUUCAGAGUAUCUAAUAUCUAAAUAUAUAUAUAUAUAUACGAAUUCAAUAAAGAAACAUGUUACGCUCUCUAACAUCGAGAGAAUAUGUGUUAUGAAACUUGCAAGAGCUAUAUAUAUACACAAAAUGCACAGUUAUGUUGA